AUGGACCGAAACGUUCGAGCGAGGGUGGACCAAAUAUUCAACAGUUUGAUUGAGAAUGUGAACGAAGACGCUCGAGCCGGGAUCGCGAGUUACAUCGCGCAGUUAGCUCGAGAUACGGCGUCUGGGGGUAAACCUGUCAAAAAACAACAAGAGUUGUUGGCGGAGUACGCGAAGAGCGCGAAGAAGAAUCGUCAGAUUCCUUCUUCUUCGGAAGGCGGCGGCGGGGCGGUUGACGAGGACGCGACGACGAGGACGAGCAAGAAGAAAAAAAUGGCCGUGAAGGUGCCGCAAAAAGUAGAGCCGACGUGGAGAGAGUAUGCGACGGAACAUCAGUUGAGGGAGUUUUUGAACGCGAACGACGUGCCGUACGAUCGAGCGGAAACGUGGACGAAGAAGAUGUUGUUGGAGAGGUGCGAGCAACAUUUAGCGAAGGUGUCAGAACCGGCUUUGAAAAUCGGGAACGAGUUAGUUAGAGUUAUCGCAGCGUUCGAGGCGUGGAUGCACGCGAUCGGGAAGAAAAACGCAAACGAUACGUUCGACGAAGUGGAAGAGGAAGAAGAUAACGAACUUUUGUCCUCCUCGAUGCCGAAGCUUGCGUCAAACGAUACGGCGUCUGAAAUUUUGAAAGAGCUGCGCGCGUGCGAACGCGAAGCGACUGGACAUUUGGACUACAUCAAAAACCAUUUGGACCCGUUUAAGCUCAUGCAAUAUCCAGCGUAUGGGUGCUCGAUACUGGAUUUACCGUACGUGCACGUCAAUCUUAGCAAUCGCGUGAUGCUCGGCUUAUUUCCGAUUUUGAAAGCAGCAUCACACGGCUCGGAAAUCGGAGGUAAGUUCUACGAUUUAGGUCAGAAAGGACGGAAUGCGAAGAAGAAAACAGGCGGCAAUCUUGGGUCUACCUUAGGUUUAGAUUUGGUGCAGAGCGCAGAAAGCUGCAUGGACUACGUGUUUGGCAUCAUAGGAACGAGUUUAAACGAAACGAAUUUGACGCAUCCGGAGAAAGCGACGAAAUUUCUCGUGGAAUUGUGCGCGUUGCGAGAUGAGUGGAGAUGUUCGAGCAAAGAUUCGGUGACGCCAAAGCUGACAAUGUCGUUCCUACAGAAGUUAGCGUCGGACGAUUCAAAGUUGAGAAAGUUAUACGCGGCUGGGGAAAGAGAAGAUGAGGAUGAUGAGGAACGAAGAAGGAUUGUGAUGCAGCUUCCGCCACACGCAUUGACGCAACUCCACGAAUCGUUUCAUGGACCAACCCGUCCGAGCUCAGAGUAUCGCGUGCCGGUCGAACUGACGUGGGAAUGUCUGUGGAUACCUUCGACGCCACCGUUGAAAGUGUUGAGUGGUAGUGAAAUUGGCGGCGAGAAUAGCGACGGAGGCAACCACAACCACAACAACGCAGGGAAUAUUAACAAUACAAUUACCAAUAACAACGACGACGAUGAUGACGACGACAUCGACGGCGACAUCGACGACGACGAUAGUGCUUUUUUGAACUCGGCCCGAGAUGUUAUAGCGAAUUCGAGGCGAUUAAGAGAAGACUUUGAUAGGAGAACAAAUCGUGCGAAUAGAUUUGAUACCCCCCCGGCGAAUAGAUUUGAUACCAUUUUGAAUAGAUUUGAUCGGGGUGCUAUGGCGCGAGCUAAUGAUGCACACAGUGCUCGACUUCAUCCGUACGCGGGUUUUCCUCCGAUGCUUAUGGAUGAUGAGGAUGGUGAUGAAGAACACGACGUCGACGACGAUGAUGAUAACGACGAAGCAGACCCAGCAUUCGACUCACGUGAGCGAAGACGCGAGGAGAGAAUGCGUCGACUCCGCAUUUUGAGCACAACCGGAGUUGGGAGCGCGAGAAGUCGCGCACAAGAACUCUUGCAACAUUUAGAGCGAUGGGAUCGGCGCUACGUAGAUACCCAGCGUGAGCACGAGGAACGCGAGGAAUUCGAUUGGAGAAUGACUGCUACGCGCGAUACAGACAGAAGAGACAGAGAACGACGAGACCGAAACGAGCGCUUAGAGCGCACCCUUCUGCGCGAUACGAACCGAUACCGUACCUCCGAGCAUCGGGUUCCGGGUAUAUUCAGUCGCAGGGAGAAUAUGACGCUCUCUGACGCUGCCACCAUCCUUCGGUCAAGAGGAGCAACUAGAGAAUGGAUGCAGGAAAGAGAAAGAUCCACACAUGAACGCUCUCAAGGGAUGCGGAUGCGCGAUGAUAGAUUUGGUCGAGUCAUGGAUUUACACUCCCCUUUCAUACCUUCGGACAGAGCUCGACUAGGUACUCCGCGCGCGGGUGUGUUCAGACCUAAUCUGAACCCGGUUGAUAUUGCUAGCGUGACGCAUACAGUCACAAAUCUCGUUCGCAAACUUCGCUCGAUUGGUCCACCACCGGAUGGGCGUUGGAAAUCGCGCUCGCCGAUGUUUAUACGUCUAAUUGAACACAUCGUGCGUUGGGAGCUUCUAGGAAACGCCACGUUCAUCACGCCGGACUUUUAUCCCCAAAGAUUUCCAGUAGCGGAAAGAUUGGCGAAACUCAUUCCUGAAUCCGGUCGUUGGAUGGUCGUCUUAGUUCGCGGUUUAGGCUUGCACUGUGUGCCAAUGCUUCACUGCAUUUUACACGGCUUGCGUUCGGAUAGCCCAAAGAUGCGAGACGUCGAAGGCCACCCUGGGGCGAUUUUUUGCGCAGGGGCGGCGACGUGUGUUCGAUUCGCGCUCGAGUCUAUUGUCGAGAACGAUGGGAAACCGCCUAGCAUUUUGUCACAAGAGUACUGGAAAACGCUCGCGCACGUCGGCGAAUGUCUCAUGUCUUGGUGCAUUGGCGGUAAACGAUAUUUGCAUGAAAUUCCAGAGGAAAGUAUCGUUUCGGACAAGAAAAUGCGCUCGAGAGCAGUCGCGAGAAAAGCCGUCCUCGCGGGUCUCGCCGGUGAUGAUAUCGAUAAUUGGGGCAUCGCUGUAGCGAAAGGUGCGCCGUUGAUGCUGAGCGCCUUGGCGCAAACGGAAACGGUGAGCCAACAAACAAUGGACGGUGUCUCUGGUGUUUUGUUUCUCCUAUCGCGUCUCAUAACGAAAGAAGCGAGAACCGAUCCGCGCUGGCGCAACGCGCUGCGAACGGCGAAAACAAGUACCCUCCCGAAAGAAAUCAUCACGAGUCUGUUUGAGUGCCAAACUUGGGCGAACGAAGUCACCGCCGCCGUAAAGCGGACGAUGGCGGGUGAAACCCCGAUUGACGCGCUGAUUGAGAAAGAAUCGAACGAUUCUGCUUCAAGCGAGAUCAAGAAGAGCAGAAAGCGACCCGCGCCGGGCUCGGAGAUGCAAUCGGUACAAAAUUUCGAUUUCAGAGAUCCAAAGAAUACGCGCAAAGGCAUUCGAUUCGGGUUUUUGAUUGCGCUUGUCGCGACAUGGUCGCACGGCGAAGCUGGAUUCGUCGACGCGAAGUAUCUAGAUAAAUUCAUCGAUAACGAUGACGACGAUCUUUAUCGCGAAACCAAGCAUCGUAAGAAGAACAUCAGCACUCCGACGAAACGGUCAGCGAUGGAGGCGUCGGCGCAUGACAGCGCGACUGCAACAUCAUCAACGCAUCUCUUCAAGAUCGUCCUCUCUUCGCUCGAGCGAUGUGGCGACGGGCUGCUCGCUGCUGUUGAACCGCUCGCGAGAAUUGGAUGGGCCCUCGAUGGCGAAAACUCCGGCAUCCGCGGCGUCUUACAACAGAUAGGUAAAUCUAAGUUCUUAGGGGAAUUUUCCGGGGAGUUCCCGGUGCACUCGCCUUCGCAACAGCUGGUGGAUAUGAUCCAAUUACUCUUGCACGCUGCUAUUGAGUUGCGCAAUUUCGACUCGAAUGGGGCAGGUGACACCGUGCACGCGUCCUAUCAUCACCUAGAAUCGCCACGAGAGAUUCUUGAAAGCCUUCUCCAUCACGCCAAUUGGAAGCGAUCGUUCAGUUGUUUAGAAUGUAUUGCGCCGAACAUGUUUUACUUUGGAAGCUCUUUAGAUUUAGUUGGCGCGGCAAAUGUCGUUUUUCCCCCAUCUUUUCGUGUGUUACGUUUGAGGAACGAUUUGAAACGUCUGUUGAGAGACAUGCACGGGAACGUGCCGCACAUUUCGGCAAAGUUGCGACGCGCGAUGCCCUGCGACGACGCGUGGCGAGCAAUUAAAAAUGCCAUCGGUCCGUUGUUAGGGAGAACAUUUACGUGCUCGUUUGAUAGCGAGGACGGUGUUGGAAAUGGUGUUGCGAGAGAAGCCUGGACAGUUUUGAUUCAAGCGUUGUUGGAAGGACAUCCGACGCGAGUGGGACCGAGCGAAGCGGUGUUCACCUCGUGGUCAAAUGCUAAGGCUUUACGAACGGACUCGAUGAUGUCGUUGAGUGCCAUGCACGGUGGUGGUGAUAACGACGACCCACCUUCAUUUGAAGGUGCGUUGCGCACGCUUCGUUCUGAUUGUUCUCCGCACGCCGCACGCUUUGCCGGGCGUAUCGUCGGUUUACUCAUCUCCAACGAAAAGACCGCGGAUUUGCCGUUAGUCCCGUGGUUGUGGCAAGCGCUUUUGCACAAACCGCUAAAGGCGGAGUUGUUAGCGCAAGUCGACGAUGAUUUUAAGCGCACGUUGCUUCCAAUCAAGACGUGUGAUUGGAAUGAUCCCAAAAUCAGCUGGGUGAAAGAGGACCCGCCGGCGUUUACCAUCGCCGCGCCGACGCGUGCGGAUCCGAACAGAGUGAAAGAACUCCUACCCGGCGGCGCGAACGUUUUCGUCGACGAGCACAACCGUGGUGAAUACGUCGAUUUAUACGCGCAACAGUGCAUGUUGCGGUGUUCAACUGCACCAAUCAACAACACAUCCGGUAUGCCGCCGUCGUCUUCAUCCUCGCCGUCGUUACAAAUCGACGAAAGCGAUACUAUUACAUCUAACCAGGACAUUCGGGUCAACCUCGCGGCGUUUACGAGCGGCUUCGACGAAGUCGUCCCGCGCGAACUCGUGAGCAGUUGGGAGUGCGAAGACUUGGAACUCCUUGUCUGCGGUUUACAAGACAUCGACGUCGCCGCUUGGGAACAAGCGACCACGUACGAUCCGAAACCACCGCCAAACUCCACCGCUCCCGGCGUCGUCGCCGCCGAAACGCGCUCGCGAUGGUUCUGGGACGCCGUCAAAUCCAUGAACUCGGAGCAAAAGCACGCGUUGUUACACUUCUGGACCGCGUUUCGGAAGCUCCCUCACACCGGGUUCCGCGGUUUACGCUUCAAACUGCGCUUCGACGACCAAAAAUCCGCCAAACACUUACCCAUGGCCCAAACGUGUUUCCUCACCUUGCGCGUGCCGAAAUACGUCAGUCAAGAAGAGACGAAAGAGAAACUGGUCAAAGCCAUCAGCGAGUGCUGCUUUGGGUUUGGUUUUAGCUAA